AUGGAUCAAGUGAACACAACCCCGGAACCAGAAGGAACAUCUAAUCCUACACAAGAAAUUACAUGUCCACCAACUCAGGAGGUAUCUUCUAAUUUGAAUAUAACACCUGAACCUGAUGUUGGACAACAAGAAGAAAUUGAUACAAGCAUAGAACCUGCACCAAAGAAACUAAGAAGUAAUGUGUGGCAAGAAUUUAAAAAGAUGAAAGUGAAUGGGAAAGAUAAGAACAAGAAUGGAACACAUGAAAAAGGACAACCAUUUCUCCUGCCUACUAUCUCAGAAGGAAAGCAAGAGUUAGGAAUUGGAACUUAUAAUCCAGAAAAUGUGAAGAAGUUGAUUGCUAAAGCUAUUAUGAUGCAUGAUUAUCCAUUAUCAAUUGUGGAUCACAUUGGUCUUAGAAGAGUCUUUGUUUUUCUCCAACCAUUGUUUAAAGUUCAUACUCGAAACACAAUCAAGAAGAAGGAGGGGCUACAAGUGAUUAAGGAUGGCAUAGAAAAUAUUCGGGAUAGUGUAGGAUUUUUUAGUGCUACACCUAAAAGGCAUGAAAAAUUUGAAGAUACCGCUAGACAAUUGAGAAUUGUUUGA